AUGGCGAAAAACAAGGGGAAGCGCUCUGCUGGCGCUGAAUCGGCCAGUGGAAAUGGAGACGUCGUGGGAAAAAAUGAUACUGCAUCAGCCAACGGCGAAACAGCUUUGCCCUCGCUGGACGAAAGCGCACUGGCGAACCUGACCCAAAAGAUCGAGCAGAAAUUGCAGAGCGGUAGCGGUGCGAACAAGGACUCCCAGAAGAAACCGAACAAUUCCCCGUCCAGCGCGAAGAAGAAGAACAAGUCAAAAGAUUCCGCGCAGCCUCCCGGAGGAGGAGGAGAACAGAAAGCGAAUCAGGGCAAGAAGCGGGACCGCAAUGGCGAUGUCAUCGCGAGGGAAGAGAAAGGCGGGAAAAAUAAUAAGCCUUCGAAGAAGUCUGAAGGUGAUAGCAAGAAUGACGUCCUCAGACAACAGAUUCUGGCACUGGGUGGGAGCAAGGAGGAUUUUGAUCUCAUUGCCAACGUUGAUUCGGAGUCUGAGGCGGAAAAUAUUGCCAAUGGCACCAAGCAAGCCAAGGGCCAGCCAGACGAAGAUUCGUUACGGAAGGAGCUCGCAAAGAUUAUGAAGGAUGCAGGACACGUCAAGCCGGACGAUCUGAAAGAACAGGAGGAUGACGAGGAUGAAGAUGAAAAUGGGGGUGUUGAGGUUGAAGAUCUUGACAAACACACUCCUCCUCCCCCUCCCACGGAGGCCACAAAGGAUAUGUCUAAAAAAGAGCCUCCUGCUAAGAAGGACUCAGCAAAGAAGGACUCUACUAAGGACUCUACCAAGAAGGACGCUACCAAGGACGCUACCAAGAAGGACUCUACAAAAAAGGACUCGGGUAAAAAACAAGAUGAGACUAUGCCAAAGGAAUAUUCGAAGUUGGCAAUUCCACCCAGAUCCGACUGGUUUAACACGCCUCUCCCUACCAUCUCCACCCCCAAGGUGAUCACUGGGCUUCCCCGAUAUCUUUUGGACAAAAUACGACAGUACGCGAUGACGCUCUUGGAAAAGGAGAACCAGAUGUAUACGCAAAUUCAGCAGACGACGGCUUCAUCAUCCCACAAAUUCUACUCAACCAUCAUGACGUCUGGAACGCUCAACGACAAGAUCUCUGCGCUGACACUGGCAGUCCAAGAGUCUCCAGUACACAACAUCAAGGCUUUGGAGAAUCUAAUCGGCUUGUCCAGGAAGCGGAGCCGUGCUCAGGCAGUCGAAGUACUCAGGGCUCUUAAAGAUAUGUUUUCCCAGGGUACUUUGCUUCCGAGCGACCGUAAAUUGAAGACGUUCGCAAACCAACCCUCACUCGUGGCUGCGUUUCAGAGUUCUGGGAACAAGUGGACUGAGGGAGACCCUCUGCCUGGAGGGCUUCAGCCUUGCCAUCUCAUUAUGUGGGCCUUUGAGGACUACCUUAAAGAACAGUACUUUGAGGUUCUGAAGGUCCUGGAAACGUGGUGUAAUGACGAGAUUGAAUUUUCGCGAUCUCGGGCCGUGACCUACGUCUACGAGCUUCUGAAGGAGAAGCCGGAACAGGAGGCUAAUCUGCUGCGCCUCCUCGUCAACAAGCUAGGUGACCGGGGCAGAAAGAUUGCGUCACGAGCCUCUUAUCUCCUGCUUCAACUGGAGCAGGCACAUCCCCUGAUGAAGCCGAACAUCAUCACAGCCGUGGAGGAAUUUAUUUUCCGCCCAGGUCAGACUUUGCAUGCGAAGUACUAUGCUGUCAUCACACUCAACCAGACCAUCCUCAGCAGCAAAGAAGAGAAGGUCGCUGUCCAGUUGCUCGAUAUCUACUUCUCGCUCUUUGUCACUCUGCUGAAGCCGGCUAAGAAAGAGAAUGCCGAGCGGGAUUCGAAGAAGCAUACCAAGUUUAAGAAAGGCAAAAAGAAGGAUGCCAAAUCUGCCAAGACGAAGACCGACGACGAUCAGCUCCGAGAAAAGCUGAUCUCGGCUGUCUUGACAGGUGUCAAUCGAGCUUACCCUUUUACUAGCUCUGACACCGAGCGUCUCACAAAACAUAUCGACACUCUCUUCCGCAUCACCCACUCGUCAAACUUCAACACGAGCAUUCAAGCUCUCAUGCUGAUCCAACAGCUCACCAUGGCGCAUCAGGUUUCAGCCGACCGGUUUUACAGAACGCUGUACGAAUCACUCCUUGACCCACGAGUGGCCACUUCUUCAAAGCAGGCUCUUUAUCUCAACCUAAUGUAUAAGUCAUUGAAGAAUGACACGAAUCUCAAGAGGGUGAAGGCGUUUGUGAAGCGGAUUAUCCAGGUGCUGGUGUUACAUCAGCCAUCCUUCAUCUGUGGUGUAUUUUUCCUGAUCCGAGAGCUUGAGAAGACAUUCCCUGCUCUCCAGUCCCUUGUGGACCAGCCUGAGGAGGAUGAGAGCGACGAGGAGGAAGUGUUUAGGGAUGUUCCUGACGAGGAAGAUGGGGAGAAACAAGCAGAAGCGACGCAAACUUCUGAAGCAGCCCAGUCACAAAAGAAGUCCAAUGGCUAUGACCCCCGCAAAAGAGAUCCCCAGCACAGCAAUGCUGACAAGAGCUGUCUCUGGGAGCUUAUGCCUUAUCUUACGCACUUCCACCCGUCCGUCUCUGUUUCCGCAGCCCAUAUCCUUUCCCACGAACCUCUGUCCGGAAAGCCCGAUCUGACUCUGCACACACUGACACAUUUCUUGGACCGUUUCGUCUAUCGCAAUCCCAAGCAAUCUGCGCCGUUGCGCGGCUCGUCGAUCAUGCAGCCGCUUGCUGGCACGGAAACCCGGGACGUGCUCGUCGCACCUGGUGGCGUGGCCGGAAAAGCCCGUGCUCAGGAGCCAGUCAAUUCCGAAGCCUUCUGGCGGAAGCGUGCCGAAGAGGUGGCGGCAGAGGAUGUCUUCUUCCACGAAUACUUCAACCGACUGGGUAAGGAUAAGAAGCAGAAGAAGGAAAACAAGGCAAAGAAAGAUCCCGUCGCCCGCGACGAAGAAGCAGGCGAGAGCGACAACGAGUCGGAGAUCUGGAAGGCGUUGGUCCAGUCGAGACCCAAAUUGGAAGCCGACGAAGACAGCGAUGUUGACCUUGACAUGGACGAUCUGGAGUCCGACUUCGAUGAGGACGAUGGAGAAGGCGAAGGAGAGCAAGAAGAUGGCGACGUCAUCUUUAAUGAAGAGUCUGAUGAGGAGUCGGAGGAGGAAGAAGAACAGGAGGAGGAGGAGGACGGUGAGGCUGGCGCAGCCAAGAAGGCGAAAGGACAGCCUUCUGAUGACGAAGACGAAGACGGCGACGGCUUCGACAUGGAUGUUUCGGACGAUGACGCAUUCCGGGACAGCGACGAGGAGCUGCCGUCAGACCUCGACGUCGGAGGAGCCGAUGCGCAGACGACAGAGAAAGAUGACAAAGGCGGACGCAGGAAGCGGCGCAAGCUCCGUCACCUGCCUACCUUUGCAUCCGUUGAUGACUAUGCCGCGCUGCUGGAGAAUGAAGACGAUGGGAUGUGA